UUGAUUUUGACAUAAACAUAAUGUUAUAACGGCUCUUGUCAAAAUUUAGUCUGAUGGUGUUCUGGUGAAUUAGUUGUUAAGUGUUCAUUAAAAUCAAGACAAAAUAAAAUAAUACUAAAAGUCGGUACAUUAUCCAUCAGUCUAAAAGGAAAUCAAAGAUUAUUAAAAAUGGAACCUAUGACUUUAGGAAGUCCUACUCAUUCUCCUUCUGGGAGUCCAAACGUGGGAUAUUUACCGCCCUUUCUAUUAGGAGAAUUAAAUCCACCGACUUUAUCUAGUUUAUCUCCGCGGCCUAAUAGUUUAUCCCCUACAAAAGGACGCAGUUUAGCUUUUGGCUCCCCCACAAGUCCAACUCAAACUUCAACUCCAGACCAGAAAAUAUAUCGACAGAACAUGUCCAUACACCAGCAAGCUCUAUAUAACCAGCAACAAAAUCUAUUUGCCAAUAUGCCCGCAUCUCCGAAUAUAUCAUACUCUAACAAAACAACUGGACCACCCAUAGAGGAUUUGUUUGAUACGAUCAAGAGCAACGAACCUUCAGUUAAUAAAUCACUCUUUCAAGAAAAUAGUUUUCUAGGGUAUGGGAAUAACUCAAUGAUGCACAACUCGUAUGUUAAUAAUAUAUCAGCAAAUAAUCAGACAAUGAACCAGUGGCAAGACAGCUGCCAGGAGCAGGAUGAGUACUGGGUCACUGUUUUUGGUUUCCCUCCUAAUGCAGCUAAUACAGUUUUAGCGAGAUUUAGCAACUGUGGUGCUAUACUAGAUAAACAAUAUCCAACCCAAGGUAAUUGGGCGCAUGUGCGGUAUGCAACAAGGGCUGAGAAGGAGAGGGCCAUAGCCCUCAAUGGAAGACAAGUAUUACCAGGUGUUAUGGUGGGUGUUGUGGAGUGUAGAGAACCCCCCCGCAUGGGUAUUACUAGUCCAGGAAAUGUUACAGAAAGACAAACUACGGCAAGGUCACUUUGCCCUACACCUAUACCUUCAGCUCCAGUGCCACAGAGAUCGACUGGUAUAAUAUCAAAGGCUCUAGAUUACGUACUUGGCUGGUGACAAAUAAUCUACAACCAAUCAGACAAUUUGUUCAAUGUAUUGAAAUGGGAUGAAAUGUGAUUGUUAUGCAAACGACUGACCACAUGUACAUAGGACAAUUCACGUGUUUUUAUUAAUUGGAAAAAUAAAAUAUCACGUAUUUACUUAA